UAAACCCUAGCAUCACUUCUUUUGCUCCACACCAAAUAACUUGAAGUUGUUUUUUCAUAUUUCUAUCUUUAGCACAAAAUGGCUUCAAGUUCUAGGGUUCUUCUUUUUGUGGUUCUUGGUGUUCUUGUUUGUAGUAGCAUUGAUGCAAGGAAGCUUGGGAGUGAUAAGGGUUUAAGGGAUGAGAAGACUUUCUUUCGUCGUCCAGGGUUCGGUGGAGGUGCAGGAGGAGGAGGCGGCGGUGGUUUUGGUGGUGGAGGUGGUAGUGGAGGAGGGUUAGGUGGUGGUUCAGGAGGUGGAUUUGGUGCCGGUGCUGGUGGAGGAGCUGGAAGUGGACUAGGAGGUGGAGGCGGUUUUGGUGGUGGUGGAGGUGGUGGAUUUGGUGGAGGCGGUGGUGCUGGUGGAGGAUCAGGGUUUGGAGGAGGAUCGGGAUUUGGUGGUGGUGCAGGUGCUGGUAGUGGACUUGGAGGAGGUGGUGGUUUUGGUGGUGGAGGUGGUAGUGGAGGAGGAGGUGGACUUGGCGGUGCUGGAUCCGGUGGAGGAUUUGGUGGUGGAGCUGGAGGUGGAGUUGGAAGUGGAUUUCCAUAAAUAUAAAGAAGAAAAUUAAUGUUCCCUAUUUAUGCAUGCUUUUGGUAUUAAUAUCAUGUGACGUUAUGUGUUUACGUAUAGUUUCACUUGUAAUUUGCUUCAAGCUUAUUCUAUUAUGCUUCUCAAUUACUCGUCAAAAUGAAAAUAAUUCUUAAUUUGAUUAUUAAUUGUAUCCUUGUUUUAAGGUCUUCUUGUUUACUACUUUAUCUUUUUGUUCAAUCUAGCUUCUUGUUUGCUA